AUGAAUCUGAUGCGCAGAUCUUCAAUCUGGCUUCUCCCUGAUACCUUAAACAACUUGGCGGGUUCUUGGAUGUGGAAGCGACUGCUCAAAAGUAGAACCCAUGCUACUUCAUUCUUAAAAACUGAGAUCGGUAAUGGGCGGAGUACUCUGUUUUUGUUGGUGAACUGGUCUUCGUUGGGUCUUCUUCUUCCUCUCCUCGGUUCAAGAGGAUUCAUCGAUUUCGGUAUUCCAAGAGAGGCCACUGUAGAAGAGGUUAUUCUCAGGCAUCGCAGGAGAAGCCAUCGUCUACCGCUUCUAAACAGGGUGGAAGAGGAAAUUGAAAACUUGAGAAGGCGAGAUAGAGCAGACAGAGAGGAUAAAAUUUGUUGGAGAUCGAGUGCAACCGGGUAUACAAACAGGUUCAACACUCGAAAUACAACGCAGCAGCUGAGGCACACUUCUCCAAAAGUGUCGUGGGUGAAAGAUGUCUGGUUCACGCAUCACACCCCAAAAUUUAGUUUCAUCACUUGGCUUGCUCUUCAUAACCGUCUCGCAACGGGAGUGCGUAUGCAAGCUUGGAAUGCAAACAUCUCUGCGACUUGUGUGUUCUGUCGUCACCCCUUGGAAACGCGUGAACAUCUGUUCUUCUCCUGCAACUUCUCGACUACAAUUUGGAGAAGUUUAGCAGAGGGAAUCCUCUUACAAGAUUAUAAUGCGGACUGGAAUGGUAUUGUGCAUCUGAUCUCCACACCUUGUCACCCUCGUGUGAAGAGCUUUCUGAUUAAAUAUCUGUUCCAAGCGGUUCUCUAUGCCAUAUGGAAAGAACGAAAUGAUCGUCGACAUGGAUCUCCUCCAAUCACGGCGGUUCGACUAAUAAAGGUGAUCGAAAAGGGAAUCAAGAAUAAAAUAAGCUCCAUUCGCAAUUCUGGUGAUCAGCGAUAUGACAAAGCUCUCCAACUCUGGUUUUCAACCAGAUCGGCGAACUGA